AUGGCUCCUGGAAAGACAGAGAAGAAGCGCAAGGCGCCCGCCGUCAGCGACCCGCCCGCGAAAAAAACCAAGAAGGUCGAAGCCAAGCCUGCUGAAGCCCCCAAGGAGUCUGCUCCUAAGUCAAUCCUGAAGAAGAAGGAAACUGCUACCAAGAAGGCCAAGGAGACCAAGAGCGAUGCCCCCGCAAAGGUCAAUGGCCAAACCAAGCCUCGCAAGCGUGCUGCCGACUUCCUGAGCGAUGCCGAAGAUAAGGAGACCGCCGCUCCUGCUAGUGCUGUGCAGAAGAAAAGUGUCAACAAGAAGGCCAAGAAGGAGGAGAAGCCCGCAGUCCCCGAGAAGAAGACCAAGGCUUCACCAAAGGCUAAGAAGGUAGAGGAAGUUGCGAUUGAGUCUGAGGACGACGAGGCCGAGGACAUCUCCGCCGAGUCCGAUGAGAGUGAGGGAGAGGAUAUUCUGGAUGACCAGACUGCUGCGCUCAUCAAGGGCUUCGAGAGCAGUGGUGAUGAGGAUGACUCUGAGGAUGAGGGCUUCGACUCCAAUAAGCCUGUCCCCAAGAUCCCAGACACAAAGAAGGCCGCCAAGAAGAUCAAGAGCCUGACAAAAAACGAGGUUCCGGAGACACCUGGAGCUGUUUACGUUGGACGUAUUCCCCACGGUUUCUACGAGCACCAGAUGCGCGCUUACUUCUCCCAGUUCGGCGAGAUCACUCGUCUGCGUCUUUCCCGCAACCGUAUUACCGGCCGCUCCAAGCACUACGCCUUUGUGGAGUUCUCCUCUGUUACUGUUGCUAAGAUUGUUGCCGAGACCAUGGAUAACUACCUUAUGUACGGCCAUAUCCUGAAGUGCAAGUACGUUCCUCAGGAAUCGCUCCACCCCGAGGUCUGGAAGGGUGCCAACCGUCGCUUCAAGCGCACUCCCUGGAACCGCAUUGAGAAGAAGCGUCUGGAGAAGGGCAAGACCCGUGAGCAGUGGACCAAGCGUAUUGAGCAGGAGCAGAAGAGGAGACAGGCCAAGAUUGAUAAGCUCAAGGCUCUGGGAUACUCAAUUGAUCUUCCCGAGUUGAAGAGUGUUGAUGAUGUGCCUAUCCAGGAGCCCAAGGAGAUCGAGGCCGCGGCUGAGACCACAGAGGCUCCUAAGGAGGAGGCUGUGAAGGCUAUCGAGGCUGUUGAGGCUGCCCCUGCUCCUGCUGCUGUCAGCGAGGAUACCCCCAAGAAGGCUAAGAAGGGAAAGAAGGCUGCUGAGAAGGUCGAGAAUGUCGAGAAGACUGAGGCUCCCAAGGAGAAGGCCACUACCACAGCUUCACCUGCUCCCAAAAAGAAGGCGAAGAAGACCAAGAGCAAGGCAUAA